UCUCAACUGUAUGUAAGGAUUUAACCUGAUUUCCGUUAUUGAAUCUUUUCAUUUUUUGUAUACUUCAAACGACAUCAAAUUAAUCAUGACUACCAAAUUGAAUCUACUUGUCACACCGACGCAAGAGCGCAGACCUGUCCGACACGAUGUCAAUGAAGACAAAAAGUCUGAGAAACUUAGAACGAUGUACUUGUACACUAUGAUGUUUCUCUCGAUAGCUUCCCCCAUUCUUCAUGAAUCCUCCCUCAUUGCUUGGCUUAUCAAUAUUUUUUGCACUGUCGCUCUCAUGGUAGCUGUCGUUCGGUCACAUCCUGAAGAAAUUAAAAAGUUUGGCCCUGUGGUAUUACCGACAGCCAGCUUGUUCUUGGUAAUGAUAGUGUUCACAAGUCGUGUAUCGCUACUAGAAAUUAUGCCUUGGAUACCAUUUGCCUUUUCCAUGUGGCUUCUGAUCACCGUUUACUCUUGCCCAGCGACGGUAUCACUCGUUCAAGAAGUCCUCAGAGGAGCCAGGCUGGAUUCACCAAAACAUGGUCAUUAUAUCCAAAACUUUAUCUGGGAUGUCGAGGAAGGCCAGGACCAAGCCCCAAGCUUUGGUUUUAAUCAAAAGGAGCCCCUGAAACGUGUAUCGCAGUCUACUAUGGAUCACGAGGUUGCAUUCAUGGGUCGUCCUACUUCAAUCAUAAGCACAACUCCCAGUGAUAUUGAUUUAGAUGAAGGUAAUGCGACCGCAAGGUUGGUAGGCGCCAGACUUCUGUCCCACUUUCGAGAGGAUAAUCGCGAAUCCAUUCAAUUCCUGGAUGACUUGAGGUUCCACUCACAGGAUAAUUUCACAAACUCCCUGGAGUCUUCAGAUGAUUCGUUGAUAGGCCACCACUCAAAAAUUGGGUCGGAAUUCAGCGACCACAUAUAAUGAACAAUCCGUUUAUAUGCAGAAAGAGGUUACCAGAACUCACUAUAUCAAUUCGUCCAGAUUCUCUACUGCCGAAUUCAGCCCUAAAAUCCUAGAGCUGUGGAUGUCCUGAGAUGUAUACGUUUUUCAGUUGGAUUCCAAGCCGAUAGAAACAUUCAGCAAAUGGAUCCACAUUCCAUAGAUUUCCCGGAUGCAUAUUUCCAUGUGCAUUAUUUCUUUUUUUCUUUUGUGCUUUAUACUAUGGGACCUCUAUAACUUUACCCCUGGAAAUCUCGAACGUCGUAC